AUGGACUAUAAUACCAAUAACAGUGAAAAUAAUCAGAUCUCGCAAAUUUUAAAUGAACAAAAUUCUCCCCAUCUCGGAACUGUGCCAAAAAAUCCUGAUCAUGAAUAUUCCGAAAAUAUCAAUUAUCAUCAGAAGUAUAUUAAAUUGUUAGAAGAAAAUGAAAAACGUGAUGACUUUAGAAAAUUAAUAGAAGAGCAAAUAUUAAGUAUUAAUUUAGAAAUAAAUCAAAAAAAAAUUGUUCAACGAAUUAAAAUUUUAGAAGAUGAGAAUAACAAGUUGACUCUAGAAAAUCAAAAAUUAACCAAAGAAAAUCAUGGAUCAAAGAAUAAAGAAUUUUUCUUUAAAAAUUUAGAAACACA